CAACAGAAUAAAGAGUUAUAUCAUUUAUCUUAUUUAUAUCAGAUGAAGAAGUGAGCGAUGGAGUACUUAAAUCAUCUAGUUGUUGCUUUCAUUCUUUUACCAAAUAUAGUAACUGGUGUGAGAUUUUCAAUUUCUAAGGAGAGAGUGCUUUUAGAUAGUACAGGCACCUUAACAAUGACAUGUAAUAUCACAGAAACAGACAUUAAAACUUUGCACCAUAUCGAAAUCGGAAAAGUUUCUUCAACUUCAAAUGCGGAGCAAGUCCCUAUUCAAUGGAAGACAUUAGCGGAAAUGGAGUUAGGACAAACCGAGAGUCCUAUAUUGAGUCAAGGUAUCAAUGCAAGUGCAAAAGAUUAUGUUGCUGGGGGAUCAUGGGAUUCAACAACACCUACUAACACGUAUCUUACAUUGUCUAUGAACAUGGAGAAGUUAGUUUGUGAGGAUGCCAGAGCGUAUAGAUGUUCAUUGUUGUAUGAAAGUUCCACUAAAGGAACUGUGCUUGAAAGCCCUACAAAAGGAAUUUUAGUUUCAACUGACAUGAAUGCUACUCCCUCGGCCUUUGUAAAACCACAAGUUACAUCAUUAAAUGUAACGAAGAAUGGUUUUAAAGUACAAGGAAUAUCACCAUCUGACAUGGACACUGCUGAGGUAGGAGAUGAGUUGGAACUAACUUGUACUGCUAAUAUAGGAAGCUUACCAGGAACUAUUAUUCGAUGGCAUAAAACAUCAGAAACUUCUCAAAAUGAUGACUUUAUUGGCUAUCAAGCACCACAAGGAACAUAUGACGAGGGCACUGCAGUCAGUGACAAUCAGUGUGGAUAUACACGAGUAGCUACAACCAGAUACAACAUAACAGCAGCUGAUGCCAAUAGGGAUAACAAUCUGGCAUUAGAGUGUUAUGUUACAGUUAGUGGAGAUCCGUACGGGAACUCUUUUACCUCAGAAAACAACCCAAGGUUCUACAUUGAUGUCACUAAGCCAGAUGGUGGGACAACAAGUUCAAAUACACUAGCAGCAGAAACUCAGACAUCGUCCAAGAUGAUUGCAUCAACAUCAUAUCAACAUUUUAACAUUACAACAGGAAUGAUCAACGGUGCAACAACUCCAGAAGUGCUAUAUGCUUUAGUAUUAAUGGUAUGCUUGUUGGCUUGGGGUUCCUCCUAAAACUGUAACUUUACGAAACGGAAACCACGUUUGAUUGAUGCAUAAAUGUUUCUUUACUUGCCUUGGAUAAUUUUAUUUUGUGUCGAUAUAUACAUAAAUGAUUCUGUGCAAUUGUAUUUUAUCUAGGUUAUAAACUUAUAUAUUAACCGGUAUCUUCUAUUUAUUAAAAUAAAAAUAAAAAGAAUAACAUUAUCUAAACAAAAAAGAUGUUAAACGCAGUGUUCGUUUUAUCAUUUUAUGCAAUUGUAUUUUUCAAAAACAGUAAACAACAAGUGAAAUUUAUAGCGUAGCAACUAUUUUGAAAAUCUUAGGAAAGAUCCUGAUUUCUAGAUAUCUUAGUAUAUAAGAAUAUAUUGUGGUAGCUUAUUUGCUUUGAAUAUAGUGUUAAUAUGUUCAAGAGAUAUUAUCCCUAUCAUAUUUUAUGCCGUUUAUUUGAAAAAAUGUAAAAAGUCCCCAAAACAUUUUAACCACUUUAAACAGAGCAGUUUAUCAUUUUCAUAGACAUGCAUUAAUAUAACACAUUUAACUUUUUACCUGGAAAAGUAGGCAAAGAAAACAUACUACAUACUUCUUUUCAGUUAAACAAAUAAAACUUAACCACAAUCAUAAAAAACUGACUUGGGGCCGAGUUCAUUCUAGGGCGGAAAUUAAUCUGAUUCUAUUAUGUACAACAUUUUUAUAAAUUUGUUGUUAUGAAAUGACUUACAGUGUGUGCUUGAUAGAGCACUUAAUACCCUCACAAUCUGUUUAUCUGACUGUUUUGCAUGAGCUGUUAUUAUAACUUCUGUCAAGUAAUAGUAACCGUACUGCAUAAUAUAAAUAAAAAUACAGACCCGGGUUCGAUUUGAAGACCAAGAGAGCGAAGCGAUCAAGGUAUUUAAAAGGCAACCCGGGUCAGUAAAUACUAUGCAAACCUAUUCCGAGUGUGGUAACUAUCUCACCUACAAGCUCUUUUGUUUUUUUCUGUAGAAACAUCGGUAAUGAUCUAAAAAAAAUAUUAAUAUCAUUUACAAGAAACCUAUUAUUUAUGUACUUUAUCAGUUUAAAGAAAGCAUUCCAAAGCCACUCAAAGAUACUAUUCGCUACGCUUUUGUAAUUCAUUGGUGCACAAUUCAAGUACUAAGUAUUCUUU